AUGUCUAACAUGUCACUCUCUGACUCGGAUCUCUCGUCGCUAUCAUCAGCGCCACCGUCAGAUGAUGAGUCCGGUCCGAUGGCAGUUGACGAGCCUGUGGGAAUCACCAAGUACUUCAAGAAGGAAACGGAAUCACCGCCGCCGAAACGGGCCCCUUCGCCACCACAUGAAUACGUUUUAGCAGAUAACCCGGACAUUGCAUUCCUCGUAAUGUUCCGCGCGCGUUUUCACGAGGUCUUCCCGCGAUCGACACCACACUACGGGCCACAAGACAUUGAGAGAGGUAUUGCGGAGUCGCCGCCUGGGGAUCAUAUUGAGAGACUGCUGUGUGCAUUGCUUGGCCUGGUGUUGAACAGGAAGAAGGACGUCGAUCGGCUUCAUUACACUCGCCCUCUGGAAGAAGCGGUCCAAACCCAUGUAUCCCAGUGGCCAAAGGCUUGGCAGGGAAAGAACCCCCUUCAUGGGGGUCGCACUUUCACAGGAAUGCUACCAGAAGAACGGUUACAAUUACUGAAAUCGUUGGUCCUCUGGUCCCUCUCCUCCUCCGAAGCGGUUCAAGCAAAACUCAAAGAGUCGUACAAGCAAGCACGCCACGAAGACGACUUGAAUCAGCCACUUUCUGUCCAGCCCUGGGGUCGCGAUGGCCUAAAGCGCCGAUAUUGGCUUGUUGAAGGCCUAGACGAUACCCACUUCAGGUUGUACCGUGAGAGUAACCCGUCCCUCAAGAAUGUGACUUGGUGGAGUGUGGCAGGAACCAUCCCCGAGUUGAAAGCCGUCGCCGAUAAACUCGACGAGGAGAAGAGUAUGCAUUCGAAGAAGCUCAGUGAGAAGAUUAAGAACUCAAUUCCCCGCUUUGAGGGCUCAGAAGAGAAACGUAAACGCAGAGACUACCGGAUUGCGCGCAAAGCACAAUUCUCUCGCCCUGAGCCCGGAUUCUCCCUCUAUGAAGGCCGCACCCGUGGGAAAAAAUUGAAGUACACAUACUCUGACGACGAGGAUAUUUUUUCCGAUGGCUUGACUUCGACCCGACGAUCCACCCGUAACUCUUCAGGGAUUUCUUCCCCCGCAGAGAUCGUAGGGCCCAGAUUCACCGCUAGUGGGAGGCAGAUACGUUCGCGCGCAGGAGGACUGUAUGGAGAAAGCUUGCUCAGCAGCCAGCGUGACGAGCUAGCUGGCGGUGAGGAUUCAGGACGGUCUCAGAGGACGCGUUCUACUCGAGCAAAUGGGUGUACAGGCUAUAACAUGGAUGAUGAUAUGGAUGAAUCCGAUGAGGGUCACUCUAGCGGGAAAGAGUGGCAAGGCGGAGAGGAAGAAGAAGAUAAUGAUUUCGAAGGCGAUGAUGAAGAAGAGUUGAGCGGAGAUGAGUCGAUAGUGAACGGAGAAAAUCCCAGUCUGGUGGUACAGCUCAGAUAUGGCAAGGGAACGGUGUCGAGCAGCUCUAACCCUCCCAGUGAGAAACCAUCAGGGGAAUACUUGGAGGGCAAACAGGAGCAAUCAGCUGAAUCUGCGCUCCCAGGGCCUCCAACAUCGCUAGAUCCAAAGAAGCCGCCCGCACCAACGCCCGGUAAGGAUAGUCCUCAGGAGCAGAAGCCCGAGCUACGAAACGGUCAACUUGAGGUAGGUGGUGAGGCUGUCCAUGUUACUGCAAGCGCCGGGCCACAUGCUCAUCCAUCAGAACUUGCUUCUGGUUCAAACGAGGCAGUUUGA